AUGUCUGGAAAACGCGGCCCCUCGGUCCUAGUAUGUUCCCCGUUGCUGGCCCCUCUGCGAUAUAUCUAUGUGAGUACCAUUAUACUAAUCCUACUGGCCAUCAAGGUCACCGAUUCUCGCGAACGCCCUGCCGCACGGGCCGGACUUCAGCGCCGUGACACUGGCGGCGGACUUCCGAGCCGCCCAUCCACCCGUCUCAUUUCUGUCGAUAAUGUCCUCCAAUACGCCUCUGAGAUCCCGUCGGGCCAGCCGCGCGUCCCGCCCGGUGGCGCUCGGCCCGCUGCAGGAACUGCCGCCGCAGCCCGGAGUGCGCCGAGGCGGACGGCGACGAGCGGUGGAGGCCUUCCCACGCUUGCGUCCGCCCGCACGGGACAGCAGAACAUGCCGAGCCGUACGACCAAGAUCAGCGAGAAACUGGUCUUGCUGCCCGAAACGGCCGCUGAGCAGGCGGCGGAGGACGACGACAUCGACCCGGACGAGGUCGCCACGCUGGAGGAGAUGCAACAGCGAAAGGACGACGAGGAUGACAGGCGCCCGCUGAAGGACGAGGAGCUCGACGUCCUGCGCAAGAGGGGCGGCAUACGGGGCAAGAGCUGGGCCGAGCGCCUACCCAAGGUCCAGCGCCGCGAGAAGGUGGCCCGAUUGACAGCGUACUGCACGGCGCAGGCCAUCAAGAUGAAGUCGACAGCCGAGUUUCUGCGCAAGAAGCACGAGGCGAAAACCAAACUCUACGACGAUUGUCUCUAUUGCGUGUAUCAUCUUCCGCUGCUGCAAGGUGUGGACGGAUACCGAGUGCGCAGUCGGCCGAUACUCAAGACGCCAGGCACCGGCAAGACUGUCCUCGAUCUCGAGAUUGAGCGUAGCGAGCGGCGCGAUGAACAUAUGGGCUAUUUCGAUGAAGCAGAGUACGGGUACAGAGGACUUGGUGGCAGCCCGAAUCACUCUGCCCCCAUCGAGCGGAUUCGUCAGAACGGAACGGACGAACAUGGUCAUGAUACCGGCCACUCUGACCAUCACGACGAGCCCUCGCUGAGCCCUAUAAAUCGGCUUGUCCCUGACGUGAAGAACUUUGCCGAGAUGUUCGUCUUCUCGUAUGGUGUUGUUGUCUUCUGGAACUUCUCAGAGCACCAGGAGAAGGAUAUUCUGGCCGAUUUGACGUUCUCGGAGAACGAGACGGGCGUAUCUUUGGUCACCCGUCCGCUUGAUGAGAGCGAUUUUGAGACGGAAGAGUUCCAUUUCGACUACAGCCCAAAUGUGAAGCGCCCUCGCGUCUUCAACGACAUGAUCACUCUCCUGCCGCGGUCAGAUCACAUGGUCAAACUCACAAUCAGCCACGCCAUCGCGCAGAGUACUAAGCUGUGCUUUUUCGAGGAGAAGAUGUCGGAAACGAUGCUGGGCGCUCAGCAUGUGCCGAAGCGACUUGCGCUGACAGGCGAGCUCAACAUGACGAGGACAGAGAUCGUCAAGAUACUAGGACGGCUCUUCAAGAGCAGAGUGGAUAUCAACCUCUGUAAGUGGCUUUAUUCUCACACUGAUCCCUACCAGCCCAGCCGUCUUUCUUUUCCUUUGCUGACAGACCAAGCAUCCAAUAUCCUCGACGUGCCCAACUUCUUCUGGGACUCGGAGCCGACGCUCCACCCUCUCUACGUGGCCAUCCGCGAGUACCUCGAGAUCGACCCGCGCAUCAAGGUGCUCAACGAGCGCUGCCGCGUCUUCCUAGACCUGGCCGAGAUAUUGUCCGACUCGGUCGCCGACGCCAAGAUGAGCGCCAUAACGUGGAUCAUCAUCGUGCUCAUCGUGGUGAGCAUCCUCGUUACCGUCACCGAGGUGACGCUGCGGUUCGCCAUCCUGGAGAGGGAGAAGAACAAGGGCAACAAUGUUGGUGUCGGCGCGCACAUUGAAGGCGGGGAGCAGAUGGGGUUGGAGCUGCGGAGCCCGCAGGGCCAGGCAGUCGACUUUGCGAGAUACAAUGUCUCGCUGGACGAUCUGCGGGCGUGGGGAAGGGGCUUGACCGAGGAGCAGAAGGCGGCGAUUUGCGGUUCUGACAUUGUUGGAACCACAUAUGCGGGCAUCUAA